CUCAAGUUACCUCACUUCACAGUAGUAAACAAAAAACAGGUGAACAGAGAAAGUAUGAUAUCAGAGUAGAUAAAGUUGUGUAAGAGAAUAAACAAUCUGAAGAUAACGGUUAGUGUGAAUAUUGAAACUUUAGAAAAUGUUAAGGAGUGAAUACAUCUGCGCCACUUCAACCGAUUUUCACUAAGAAUUCUCAACCACUGAUUGUGAUGAACGCAUGGGUGAGUCCAGUCAGGCAGAGACAGUCUACAUCUCCCAACAGCUAGGAAUUUCAUCGACUGGUUCCACAUCUUUACCUGGCCACCUUGAAUUCUCUCCCAAUCUAAUCCAACUUCUGUUGGCAGUGUCUCGGCAUGUGCAACACAUGUGGAAGUCACGUCAGUCGAUGAAGGUUCACAACCUCAUCAAUCGACUUGCCUAUCUUGCUGAUUAUCGUUCACCUGACCUCAGCAUUGCUCACAGUGUGAUUUCACCAAACGCGAGCACUCCUACGAAGAUAGGUAUGAGGAAUCAUCAGUAAUCGCUUCAUGUCUUCUACUUUUAACACCCAUGUUUAACAACCAUACAACAGGACAGGAUGAACUACAGCGUGCGGUAUACUUGUAGUUUGAUAGACAGCUGGGUAUCUUGCCGGCACCAUAGAUGAAGUUGGCAAGUGUGAAGUGUGUC